AGCUGAUUUCACUCAGUCUAAAUGAGUAUACUUGAUGCUUAGCCAUGACUGUGUUUUUCUUUAAGGGACAAGUUUUUUGUUUUUGUUCUUAAUACAAACUGUCGUGUUGAGGGUUGACUUUCAGCAGAUCGCAGCAAGGGAGCCGCUCUAUAAUCUGACCUAAAGGGACAAGAUUUUUUUGUCGUUUAAUUAACAUCAUAGCCACUAGAUGCCAGUAGUAUCCUCAAGUGUGACAAUCACAAAUGUCUCCAGACUUUCCAAAUAUCCCCUCAGGGGCAGAGUUGCCCGCAGUUGAGAACCACUGAUCUUACCAAAGGCAAAAGGAAGGCUUAUUAUCAAGACCUCCACGUGCUCUUGGAAACUUCACUAAAUUAUUAGUAACUACCCUUCUGAUAACUUGAGAAAUGUGUCAGAAUCUCGGAGAAGAAGGAUGUACAGCUUGCAAAAAAUGAAUCAUUGUAGUCGAUCACUUUCCAGUUUUCAACCACUCAUUUGUGAUAAUCAAGGGACACGGUGUUGUGGUUUCGGAACUGCCUGCUCAGAAUAGGAACAUACUUGGGAUUUUGUAUUAGAAGACAUGGAUCUUGCUGCUAAUGAGCUCAGCAUUUAUGACAAACUUUCAGAGACUGUUGAUUUGGUAAGACAGACGGGCCAUCAGUGUGGCAUGUCAGAGAAAGCAAUUGAAAAAUUUAUCAGACAGCUGCUGGAAAAGAAUGAACCUCAGAGGGGGCCACCCCAGUAUCCCCUCCUUCUAGCUGUGUACAAGGUCCUCGUAACCCUGGGAUUAAUCUUGCUCACUGCCUACUUUGUGAUUCAACCUUUCAGCCCAUUACCACCUGAACCAGUGCUUUCUGGAGCUCAUACCUGGCGCUCACUCAUCCAUCACAUCCGGCUGAUGUCUUUGCCCAUUACCAAGAAGUAUAUGCCAGAAAAUAAGGGAGUUCCUCUGCAUGGGGGUGAUGCAGACAGACCCUUUCCAGACUUUGACCCCUGGUGGACAAAUGACUGUGAGCAGAAUGAGUCGGACCCCAUCCCUGCCAACUGCACCGGCUGUGCCCAGAAAUUACCCCUCAAGGUGAUGCUCCUGGAAGAUACCCCAAGGAAAUUUGAGAGACUCCAUCCUCUGGUGAUCAAGACCGGACAACCCCUGUCAUCUGAGGGGCUUCAGCGUUUUUUGUGCCAGUACCCUGAGGUGACAGAAGGCUUCACCGAAGGGUUUUUCACCAAGUGGUGGCGCUGCUUUCCUGAACGGUGGUUCCCGUUUCCUUACCCAUGGAGAAGACCUCUGAACAGAUCACACCUUUUACAUGAGCUUUUUCCUGUGUUCACCUACCUGCCGUUUCCAAAAGAAGCCUCCUUGAAAAAGUGCUUCCUUCUUCAACCAGAACCUAUUGUGGGGAGUAAGAUGCAUAGGAUGCAUGACCUGUUUACCAUUGGCAGCGGCGAGGCCAUGUUGCAACUUAUCCCUCCCUUCCAGUGCCGAAGACAUUGCCAGUCCAUGGCGAUGCCACUAGAGCCAGGGGAUAUUGGCUGUGCUGGCGCCACCCACUGGAAGGUCUACGUUAUAGCCAGAGGGGUCCAGCCUUUGGUCAUUUGUGAUGGAACCACCCUCUCAGAACUGUAGGAAGCAGAACUAAAGGAACAGGUUUGAGAGCUGAAGACCGGAUCGAAAGGGGGAAAAUAAAAACAAAAAACGAUGAAACCACUUUCCAGGGGUUGGUUGCUUAGUUACCUGCCCUGUGCAUGCGUGUGUGAGCCAGUUGUGUGCUGGAGGCAAAGGCCAGAGCCCAGCCCUCCCAACUCUUCCAGCCCAGCUGCUUGGCCAGGACUUUGCCCAUACCCAUCUGUGAGAGACUGGCCUCUUCCAGGCCUUUUGGCACCGAAACCUUGAGGCUGCCCUUCAGGCAGGGGGCACGGUUGAUACCUUCCCUCACUGGCAUGACAUGAUCCCCUCUGCUGGCUCCCUGGCCACGAGAGGGCAGUCACCAGGUCCUGACUUUAGAGCCAUCCUCUACCAGGUGGGCCUGCCUGUCCUCUCUUCCUGGUCACACCACCCUGUACUUUUUUUGGAAAGCCAUGGAUGAUUAAAGAAGUCAUUGCAGUUUCCCAAGCAGAGUGGAAUCUAGAACCAGUGAAAAAGGUUCACUCAAACUGCACUCAAGAAGUGCACUUCUUUCCCAGUGUCCAUGGCUCUUGGAGUAUCAGCGAUGCCAGGUCGGAGUCUGAUUGUAAUUGAAAUGGUAAUUCCUAAGGUAAUACUUGUCUCCAGUCUAUCAGUUCUUAUGCCUCUCCCCUCCCUCCCCUUCUCCCUUGCCUAUCUGGAUGGCUUCUCAGAAGUUGGGCUCCUGGUCCCCCUCCCUUGGAUGGGCCAGCGCCCUUUACUGCUGAGGCAGCACUGCUCUUGUCAACUAUGUUGCUUUUAUCAAAUGUCUUCGGAGGGGAAGACGGUGCCUCCCCGGGUUUGAUCUUUAGUGUCCAGCAUUCUGCAGGAAAGAUGUUUUACAGACGUGUCAAGCUGAUGUUGUAAUGUGGUUGGGGAAGGAACUCCAGACCCAAAGUGUUGGCCAGCUGGGCGUACGACUGUGUGACCCUCUGUCUUGAAAUGAUUUCUCUCUGUACUGGGAGCCAAGGUGAGGUGUUUUUAUUUUUUGUGAAAAUAUAAAAUUAUGUUCUUUUGAUUGGA